AUGAAAGCCGUCCGAGCGGGACAUAAAGGAGCAGUUACCAAACUCCUGAGGAAAUUCGAAGACAUUCAACAAAGUUCAGAAGCGGAUUACGAAGAAAUUUCAACGCUAUUAGAAGCAGUCACACAGAAGAAAAGAAUUUUAGAAAAUAUCAACGAAAAAAUAUUGGAGCAAACUUCGGAUGAAGAUGUAGCAGUGGAAAUACAGGAUUCAGAUGAGUACAUGUACAAUUUAGAAUAUAAAUUACGGCAAAUUACAAAAUUAGCAAAGUCAGUUCAAAAUCAGAGUUUACCCGCAAAUGAAUCAAUUUCAUUGAAUUUGAACCCUCAUGCCGAUAAUUUUAUACCGAAUACCCAAUCAGUUCCAUCUACAUUUAUUAGUCAACCUUCAACAUCAGCAAACCAACAAUAUACACAUAGCUCAAAUUCACGCUCAUCGUCUAGCACAAACAGCGAGUAUCACAAGCUACCAAAGUUAAACUUGCCUAUAUUUACCGGAGAUAUACUAGACUGGCAAUCAUUUUGGGACUCCUAUGAAACCGCGAUCCACACAAAUCCUACACUGAGUGAUGCACAAAAAUUCAACUACUUGAAGUCCCUUCUACAAAGCGAAGCGUUACAAACUAUAGCAGGAUUUUCCAUGACAAACACAAAUUACGACAAAGCAAUUUCAUUACUCCAGGAAAGAUACGGGCAAACUCAUAAAAUAGUCCAAACCUACAUGCAGGCCUUACUUGAUUUACAGGCUCCAAUUCAUACAAUUACUAGUCUCCGUAGUUACUAUGAUAAGACAGAAACUUAUGUAAGAGGUCUCGAGUCACUCGGACAGACAGACGAUACGUACGGAUCAUUACUAGUUCCUGUUAUUCUGAAUAAAUUACCCGCAGAGAUACGUCAACAUUUAGCACGAGAACACAGAUCCACAAACUGGACACUACAUGAUUUACGCAAAGCGCUUCUCGACGAACUAAAUAUUAUGGAAGCCGGAAAAUUACCGGAUAAAGUAGAAAGACCACUCGCUACCGCUACAUUUUUAACUAGUAUGAAGUCACUUUCAAACUCAACAUUCGGAAAACCCGAAAAGUCAGUUUCGGAUAAAAAACCUUUCAUUAAGUCUUGCAUUUUUUGCCAUGAAAAUGGGCAUAUAGCCAUUAAUUGCACAAAAAUCACAACCGUUGAUGCACGCACAGCUGUAAUUAAGAGAGAGAGGCUAUGUUUUAACUGUCUCGGUCGUCACAAAUUAGCUGAAUGCAAAUCUACAAGCACGUGUAAAAAAUGCAACAAACGUCAUCAUACAAGUAUAUGUAACAAGAAUAACAGUAUGAACGAAUCACAUGAACAAGUAAACGAAGAUAAUGGUAAAACCGUAUUACACUCCUCCCUUGCACCACAUAAAACAUCAAAUGUUAUAUUGAAAACCGCUGUCGCUUGCGUGAGCUCAGGAACACAGUCAACGGAUGCUAAUAUUUUACUAGACGAAGGAGCACAGAGAUCAUUCAUCACAGAAUCACUCGCCAGAAAACUAGAUUUAGGUAUAAACGGGACCGAAAUAGUUCAUCUUUCUGGAUUCGGAGAGCAAAACAGACAAGUUAGGCAUAUGCAAUCGGCAACGAUUUACUUACAAACUGACGAUGUAGAAAACAUACCGCUCGAGGUACUUAUCAUUCCUGAAAUAGCAUUACCGAUACAAACGCACAUGAAAUCAGUAGUUAAUAUGAGACAUUUGCAUGGCUUGAAAUUAGCACACCCAAUUACCGAAGAUGACAUGUUUGAUAUUAAUUUACUUAUUGGAGCAGAUUAUUAUUGGAGUAUAGUAGGAGAUAAAAUCAUAAGAGGUAAUGGACCGACUGCCGUCGAGUCUAAAUUAGGAUAUUUACUUUCUGGACCAACGACAAGUAUUAGAGAAUCAAACAGAAGUUCAAUAUUGAACGUUAUCGUGUCUCAUAAAGCAGAGGAAUGUAAUUUAACAAAGUUUUGGGAAAUCGAGUCCCUUGGUAUAGAAGACAGUAACACAAAAACAGAGCUAGAAGAAUUUCAAACGAUUUAUGAAAACUCAUCAGUGUCAUUUCUUGACAACAAGUAUGUCGCCAAGCUACCUUGGAAAACCAACCACUCGCCAUUACCGUCAAACAAAACAGUCGCCUUUCGUAGGACUGAAAAUGUAAUAAGACGUCUUAGUAAAGAACCGCAAUUGUUACAAAAGUAUGGAGAAAUCAUCGAAGAACAGGAAAAGCGAGGGUUUAUAGAGAAAGUCGAGGAAGAUUUAGUUAAACCAAAUACCAAGUUACAUUAUAUCCCGCAUCACGCAGUAAAGAAAGAUUCCGCAACUACACCUAUCAGGAUCGUGUAUGACUGUAGUUGUAGACAAACACCGGACACCGCCAGCUUAAAUGAUUGCUUACUUAACGUACCUCCGAAGUUGAAUAAUGUAACCGCAAUACUUUUAAGAUUCCGCAUGAAUAAAUACGCCGUAUGUACAGAUAUAGAAAAGGCAUUUCUCAACGUUGGACUAGAUAUUGAAGACCGGGACGUCACCAGGUUUUUCUGGUUAAGCAAUCCAACAGACCCAAGCAGUUGUAUCACGACUUAUAGGUUUAAAUCUGUAUUAUUUGGAGCCACCUGUUCACCAUUUAUAUUAAAUGCUGUUUUAUCAAAACACAUCAACAACCACCAGACAGAAUUUACUGACAAUUUAAUGAGAGAUUUAUACGUAGAUAAUAUUGUUUCUAGUUUUAAUUCCGAAGAUGAAUUGUCACAAUAUUUCAAAGUUGUUCGCAAGUUAUUUACAGAUGGUGGAUUCAAUUUACGCGCAUGGGCAUCAAAUAACAAACUAUUACAACAACUUGCAGAAUCUGAAAAAGUUAUCGACACAGAACAGGUAGUAAAAGUAUUAGGCUUGCGUUGGAAUACAGAUCAAGAUACACUAAAGUAUGCUGAAAAUAUUCUCGACACGGAAAUAGACCUCAUCACGAAACGCGAAGUACUUAGAGAAUCGUCCAAGAUUUAUGAUCCACUCGGGAUCAUCAGUCCAGUUACCGUACGAGGUAAAAUGUUUAUGCAAACACUUUGGGGUGAAAACAUGAAAUGGGACGAGCCAUUGCCUGAUCAUAUGAGAACAGAAUGGAUUGACAUAAGAAAAGAUAUUAAUGAAGCAACAAAGACCGUUAUACAUCGUCACUACUUCACAAAUUGUUCGGAUUCUAAUAGCGACAAUGUGAUACAUGUAUUCAUGGAUGCUAGCAUGAAAGCUUACGGAGCUUGUGCAUACCUAGUUUCAGAAGGAAAAAGUUCACUCUUAAUGUCAAGAAAUCGAGUAGCACCGUUAAAACAGCUAACAAUUCCAAGACUAGAACUAAUGGCAGCAGUAAUUGGAAGUCGAUUUUUAUCUCAUAUUUUGUCUCAUAUUAAUGUUAAUCGUGUAAUAUUAUGGAGCGAUAGCCAAAUUGUCUUGAGCUGGCUGAGUUCGAAGAAGACAUUAAAACAAUUUGUCGCUAACAGAGUGAAAGAAAUCAAAGAACUGACUGAAAAGUUUACAUGGAAAUACUGUCCAAGUGAAUCCAAUCCCGCCGAUUUACUAUCAAGAGGAAUAACAACUCAAAAGUUUAGAGACAACAUGUUAUGGAUGAACGGCCCUGAUUGGUUAACGAACGAGAAUAAAUGGCCUGAAUGGAAAAUAGAUGAAACGCAAAUUAUGCCAGCAAGUGCUCAACAAGAAGUUACAGUUGAUACGACACAAAUACUGAGUACACACAGUGUAACGCAGGAAAAUACCAUAAUUGACAUUGACAGGUUUAAUUCUUUCAAGAAACUUUUGAGAGUCAUAGCCUACGUUGAAAGAUUUAUAUUUAACUGUAGAUCGAGAGAAAAACGUACUGGAAAUCUUAAUACGCAAGAAUUACAGAAUGCAACGUAUACUUUGAUACAAGAAGUACAACGAAGACACUUUUUGGACGUAAAGCUAAGCUUACAAAAUGGAGAAACAAAGACACACAACUUAGUUAAACAACUGAAACUUUAUUUGGAUAAGGACAACUUGAUUCGUUGUGAAGGACGUAUUCAUAACGCGCCAUUGGAUGAAUCUACUAAAUUUCCUAUACUGCUACCUGCAAAAGAUAGAUUAACCAGACUCGUUAUAAUGGAUGCUCACAUUUCACAUUUACACUCAGGACUGUCAAGUACCGUCACACUAAUCCGUCAGACAUAUUGGAUACCGACUAUACGACAAGUUGCGAACAGUAUCUUACGCAAAUGUGUGACCUGUAAAAAAGUUAAAGGCCGACCGUAUACAGCCCCAGAUCCGCCGCCUUUACCGAAGGACAGACUACGAGAAGCACCGCCGUUCACAGUAACGGGAGUUGAUUUUACGGGAGCUCUGACAGUGAAAAACAACGAUGGAACUACAAGCAAAGCUUACAUAUGUUUAUUUACAUGUGCCAGCACUCGCGCUGUGCAUUUAGAAGUGGUGGACAAUUUAACAGAAGAAACAUUUAUCCUAGCAUUUAGAAGAUUCGUUAGUAGAAAAUCGUUACCGAAAACGAUGAUAUCCGACAAUGCUACUACCUACAUUGCAGCCGCUAAGCAUAUAGAGAAUCUCACACGAUCAGCGUCACUUACAGAAACGUUGAACAACUAUGGUACAACAUGGACAUUUAUACCAAAACGCGCACCGUGGUACGGUGGCUUUUGGGAAAGAUUGAUAGGGAUUACAAAAGAUUGUGUUAAGAAGGUUUUGGGACGUUCUCUUAUCAAUAUAGAACUUCUUAAGACAAUUGUGACUGAAGUUGAAACUAUUAUGAAUGACCGUCCACUAACUUACGUAUCGUCAGAUCCUUUAGAUGAACCGCUAACGCCAUCACAUUUACUUUACGGACGUCGGAUCACAACACUUCCAUACCCUGAUAAUAGAGACUUUGAGCAUUCGACGCUUGAGAUGACUCAUGAAUCUGUGAAUAAACUGUCUCGGUUGAAAUCUCAAAUUAUUCAACAGUUUUGGUGCAAAUGGAAACACGAGUAUCUUACCUCUCUUCGAGAAUAUCAUCGAAACACUGGAAAGGACAUUCAAACAAUUAAAGUUGGAGAUGUAGUACAAGUGUACGAAGAAUCACCGAGGACAAAGUGGAAUCUAGCCGUUAUUGAUCAACUGAACAUUGGAGGUGACGGGAAAACGAGAUCUGCUGUUAUACGGACAAAACAUGGACUCACUUCACGUCCAAUAACAAAACUUUAUCCUCUCGAAGUGUCAGAAAAUAGAGACUUUACUAUAGACAAUAAUUGUGAUCUCAACAAUCCUUCUACGUCUAGAAACUUAAGCCGUAAAGCGAAAAGUGUUGCCAUAGAGAAACUUAAGAAAUGGACAAAAGGAAAUAAUUCAUAA